AUCAUUAUCAACAUAGUGUACAGAACUAAUUUAGAGAGAAUUUCAGCAAAAUUAUAACAGUAUUCUUGCAACUCUCUUUGACAUCAGCCUCAAAAUUUGACGUAAGCUUCUGCGGAAUUUUUGUGCCGGGAUCUAGAAAUCGAGGGACCACAAGCCAUGAACGAACAACAGCAUAAGCAUAAACAUAAACACAGUUGUGUCAGUGUGUGAGUGAAAGCAUAGCAAAACAAGCGCGAAAGUAAUACGAUGGCCGAUAACACAGCGACCGAAGUAUCGACGGCAGCAGCUGCCGCUCCAGCAACCGUGGCCAAGUCCCCGAAGAAGCCCAAGGCCGCUGCAGGCCCCAAGAAGCCGAAGCAACCGGCAGCGCAUCCUCCAGUGAACGAGAUGGUGCUGGCCGCUGUGAAGGCACUAAACGAACGCAACGGUUCGUCGCUGCAGGCGAUCAAGAAGUACGUGGCGGCCAACUACAAGGCUGACGUGACCAAGCUGGCCACGUUCUUCAAGAAGGCGCUCAAGAGUGCCGUCGCCAGCGGCAAGCUGGUCCAGACCAAGGGAACCGGAGCGUCGGGUUCGUUCAAGCUGUCGGCCGCAGCCAAGAAGCCGGCGGUAGAGAAGAAGAAGGCAGCAGCCCCGAAGAAGUCCGCAUCUGCCGCGGACAAGAAGAAGAAGGUCGCCGCCAAGAAGCCGGCCGGAGAGAAGAAGGCCGCCGCCAAGAAGUCCACCAAGAAGGCCGAGGGUGGCGCAGCCAAGAAACCGAAGGCAGCCGCCGCCAAGAAAACCAAGGCCGCCGACGGUGCGAAGAAGGCCGCCAAGAAGCCAGCAGCACCCAAGCAGAAGCCCACGAAGCCAUCCAAGGCCGCGGCCGCCAAGCCAAAGGCACCGAAGCCAAAGAAGGCCGCAGCUCCCGCCAAAAAAGCGGCAACACCGAAGAAAGCAGCCGCACCCAAGAAGGCCGCCGCUCCAAAGAAAGCUGCAGCCAAGAAGUAAAGGACUACUUCACGGCGUUGUGCAGCCGCAAUUCGGCCUUGCAGUCACAUCCUUCAAACAACAGUCCUUCUCAGGACUACAAUUUGAUUCGAAAAAGAAAUUCGUUUUAACAUCUUCUACUAUCACGGGACAAUCCCGUUUCGAUCAAACAAGUCUCUUAUUCUCAUUUUAGGUUAUGGAGUUCAACUCAGGCU